CCGACCACUAAAAGUGCUAAUUUUUCACGGCAAACCCCGACGCAUUGCUCACUGUAAUUUGCUCGCCAGACGUGUUACGCCAGUGGCGCCGAGUCGCCGCAUACAUAGCUAGCACUGGGCCGCGCAAAAAGCUGCAGAAACGCAGGCGCCAGCGCCUCUGGACGCAACGCACCGUAGCUCCACGCGGCGCUUUUAGCCGCGGCAGCAGCGUAGAAACGCUACGCGCGCUGCCCGUACCGUACCGGCUCCUACACGCGGUGCGUUAGACGCAGCAGCGGUGCAGAAACGCUACGCGCGGCGUUGAGUCCGGCCGGAACAGGACAGAAUGUGGCGCGUCGCCGCGGCCCGGGCCACGGCGGCGACGUUAGGCGUGGGCUACCUCCAGAAAAAGGCCGAGAACUGCGGCAUCGUGGGCGUCGUGGGGGAGGCGGACGACGCGCGAGACGUCUUGCUCGAUGGCCUCUCCAUCCUCCAGAACCGAGGCUAUGACAGCGCGGGCAUGGCCACCCUGAAGCGAGGCACGAACGAGCUGGCAGUCACGAAGUACGCGAGCAAGGGGAGCACGGCCGACAGUAUCGCACUCGUCCGCGCCCACGCGGAAAAGCACGCGGGCCACCACGUGGGCAUCGCCCACACGCGCUGGGCGACGCACGGCGGCAAGACCGACGAGAACGCCCAUCCGCAUUUUGACGCGAAGGAGAGGGUCGGCGUCGUGCACAACGGCGUGAUUAUGAACGCCGAUCUGUUGAGGGAGCAGCUCCAGAGCGAAGGGAUUAUAUUUAGAUCCCAGACGGAUACCGAGGUCAUCGCCCAGUUGAUAGGGAGGGAGCUCGAUGCCCAACCCGAUGUCGAGCUGAGGGACGCCGUCAGUCGCUCCCUCCAAAAGUGCGAGGGCACGUGGGGCGUCGCCGUCCUCAGCGUCAAGGAUCCGGAGAGCGUGGUCGUGGCCUGCAACGGAAGCCCGAUGAACAUCGGGCUGGCGCCCGAAAAAACUUUUAUCGCGUCGGAGACGUCGGCGUUCAACCGCCACACGAAGAAUUUUAUCGCGAUGUCCGGAUCUCGGCGUCCCGUACGGUGCCUUCAUUCGAUGUGACUCGUGGCCAUCUCACGAUGACGUGGGUCGUUUCUUUUUCGAUUUCGAGCGUCACGGCCAUCGACGCGACUCGUCCAUCCACGCAGGCAGGACGGCGAGAUCGGCGUCGUGCGGGCCGGCGGCACUUCGUUAGAUAUUCGUAGAGCAGAACUCGCACCUGAUCUAGAAUUGAGGCAAACACCGGCCCCUCAUGCGCAUUGGAUGGAACGCGAGAUCGUCGAAUUGCGGCGUCCCGUGGCCUUUCCGAGAUGAUACGCCAUCUCACAAUGAAGUGGGUGGUCUCAAUCUCGAUUUUGAGCGCAUUAUCACACACGCAGGUCGAGCAGCCCGCGGCGAUUGCUAGAGCGCUAGCUUACGGUGGAAGACUAGGAGAAGACCGCGUCUUCCUGGGCGGCCUCGACCGGCGGCGGGAGGACAUGGACAACAUCAAGCAUUUGCUGCUGGUACUGAUCGCGGCGUCCCGCGGCGCCUUCACGCCAUCGACGCGCGUCGUCUCCACGAGACGAGUUCGUGGGUGGUCUCAUUUUCGAUUUUGAGCCGUUUCGGACACCAUCGUCGCGGCGCGUCGGAGAGAGAGCGCGCGCGGUCGCGGCGAUGGCGUCUUGGUGAGACGGCGUCGCCGCGACGCCGUCAUCAUGAUCACACGAGAGUCUCCGCGUAUUGGGAAGGUCCAGACGGUGUCCGUGCCACACAGGUGGGCUGCGGGACGUCGAUGAACGCGUCUUUAUAUGGUGCGAAGUUGAUGCGGGAUCUCGGCGCGUUCGACACGGCGCAAGUCAUGGACGCGUCGGAGGUGGACGCGCCGGACCUGCCCGUGAAGAACGGGGGCGUGCUCGCGGUCAGUCAGAGCGGCGAGACGAAGGACGUCCUGCGGUGCGUCCAGAAGGCCAUGGGCCACGACGUGACGGCGCUGUCCGUCGUCAAUUCUGUUGGAUCUAUUAUUGCGAGAACUACCAAGCUCGGCGUCUACCUCAACGCGGGCCGGGAGAACGCCGUCGCCUCCACGAAGGCCUUCACGACGCAAGUGACGGUCAUGGCUUUACUUGCUUGUUGGUUCCACGACCUGCGCAAUGAAAACCACAGUCCAAAAUUUGAGCAAUUGAUGGCGUCGCUCCACCGCCUGCCCAUUAGCUUCGGCAUGGGUCUGCGCCUCCAGGAGCAGUGUCGACGGUGGGCUCAUAGAUUAGUGGACGCGGAGCACAUUUUUAUCUUGGGCAAGGGCUACGCCGAGCCCAUCGCGCGCGAAGGGGCUCUUAAAAUAAAAGAAUGUGCGUAUGUGCAUGCUGAAGGUUUGAGUGGUGGGGCCAUGAAGCACGGGCCCUUCGCGUUGAUAUCGGAGGAUUUGGAGCGGAAGACACCUAUUAUUAUGUUGAUUCUCGAUGAUGAGCACAGCCACUUGAUGCGGACGGCCGCUGAAGAAGUAAAAGCGCGGCACGCGGAGGUGUUCGUGAUCACGGACGCGCCGCACCUCGCCAAGGGGCUGGACGACGACCCCAUCGUGAUUCCUCGGAAUGGGAAGCUGACGGCUCUAUUAGCGGUGCUGCCGUUGCAGUUCCUCGCGUAUGAGUUGGCUCUCUUGAGGGGAGUGAACCCGGACUUCCCGCGCCACCUGGCGAAGAGCGUGACGGUGGACUAAGUAUUCUCUCUCGGA